CUGACGUGUUCACAUUCUGGGAGCUACUCCACGAGAGGGAAGCCCGAACAGAGUAACACAGAGGCAGCAGACAGAAUGUCAGAAGGGGACAGUGCAGGAGAGUCCAUUCAUGGGAAGCCAUCUGUAAUCGGCAGCUUCUUCUCUGGCAUCAGCCAAGUUUAUCAGUCAUGGUUGGACAAGUCGACCCCCUUCUCUGUCAUGCGAUGGGGAUCCACUCUUAUUUUAACUGCUAUUUACAUGCUUAGGGUAUAUCUAUUACAGGGAUGGUACAUCGUUACGUAUGCUCUGGGGAUUUACCAUCUGAACCUGUUCAUCGCAUUUCUGUCACCAAAAGUGGACCCCUCAUUACUGGAUGACUUAGAUGAAGGUCCUACAUUACCCACAAAGCAAAAUGAGGAGUUUCGGCCAUUCAUCCGGAGGCUGCCAGAGUUUAAGUUUUGGCAUUCUGCCACAAAGGGCAUUGUCAUUGCGAUGAUCUGCACCUUCUUCGAAGCCUUCAACGUGCCUGUGUUCUGGCCGAUACUAGUCAUGUACUUCAUCAUGCUCUUCUGCAUCACCAUGAAGAGGCAGAUAAAGCAUAUGAUCAAGUACAGAUAUAUACCCUUCACACAUGGGAAGACGACCUACAAAGGGAAGGACGACACAGGGAAGACCUUUGCAAGUUAAAAACUUUCCAGUGAAAUUUAAUGUAAUCAAAAACGGUAGUGGGUUAGGGUGGGGCUGAGUCGGGGUGGGAAUCGGUUUAAAAAAGAAAAAGAAAAUUGAUAUGAGCCACUGUAAGUGUGGGGUUGGAGGUGGGCAGAGGUUUCUCAAGCAGGUUACAGCAUCUAGAAUCCAGAACAUUCUCUGCCUGCAAGUUUCUCUGAGCAGAAGCAGUUCCGAGUCUGCUUUCUGCCUCUCGUGACCCUGCAGUGAGAACUGAAUGAGUUGCAUUUUCAUAAAGCGCCUUUCAAAUACCUCGCAGCACUUUGCAGUGAGCGGGAAGAGGGGUGGGAACUCGCCGAGGAGCCCCCACCCGUAGGUGUGAAGGUGUGUCGAAUGCUGGGGCAGUUAUAUUCGGGGUUGUUCCUCUGACACCUUCAGGAACAGAACGAGAGCCGUGCUCAAACCACAGCCUGCCGUUGGGCUGUUAUCCACCCUCCAUCGUAGCAUUAGUCCGUGCAUUUGAAUGGGACGACACGCAUCUAGAUGAAAACUAUUAGAUCCUCACAUCCUUGUCAACUUUUAGAUAUUUAUUGACAAGUUUGAAUUGACCUCAUUCAGAGUCGCCAAGUAAAUACGUGCUUUGCCUUUUUUUUUUUUUUUUUUGCCUGAUUUUGAUUUUAUUUCAGAAGAUUUUUUUUUUUUUUUUAACUCCAUCAUUUUCCAUGGUGCUGCAUUUGUGAAAAAGUUUUUCAACUCUAAAAAUGUAUGUUUAAAGGUAAUGAAGAUCGCUGCUAAUCACCGCUGUUUGCUUCCCUGCCAGUAUAUAAUGCUAUUCAGAGGGGUACAACCACUCCGAGGUAUGGCUUGAUACCCCCUGUGCUACUGUAAGCAUCCCACUAGGUCACGAUUACACCACACCGCCCUCAAAGCACCCCUUUUUCCCAAAAUACUUAUGCCUCAAAACUUGUUACCAUUCCAGUAAAUCAUAAGUAAGUAUGAAAUAAGCUGGCACAUGUUACAAAGGGACUCUACUGCAGAACCAGCAAGAUACAGCUGUGGCAUCACAGGCAAAUUAAAUCAUAUCUAUAGGUGUCUCACCACCUGACGACUGGAACAGGAUUGGCUUGGCCGGAUAUGAUUUUGAUGGGUUAACUUAAAUUCACAAUAUUCCCAAAUACCCGAGAGAAAGCAUGAGCCAUACGCACAAAUCCCAGCUCCUCUAGUUCUUCUUGUGGAUGCUCAAAUUUUCGUUCAGUGGCUGUCUUCAUUUUUCAAGGUCUCACUCGAAACACCCCAGUGCUUUUUCAUAGGUCAUUAUGUCAUUCAAAUGUCAUUUACACUGUUACUUAUAGGCCAUGCACUGGAAAUGGAAGUAAUGCCUAUGUUUGGAGACUGCAUUCAGUUUGACAAGAAAUAUUUAAAUGGAAGUAAUCUUGACCAUGACAUAGUGCUUAUUCAUAUAUUUUGAUAUUAUAUUCUGUUAAUUGACAUUGAUGUUGAGUGCUAAUUAGAAUAAUGCCUUUACUCCUGAUAAAUUGAUGGCAUCUUGUUGAGCGACGUCAGGUAAAAUUAUGAUGCUCAAUUUCAGAAUAUUUUUUUAAAAGACUCCUUUGAUAAGCAUCUAAUUAGGGGAGAAGGGUCAACUUUGAAACCGUUAUCAACAACUUUCUAUACUCCACAGAGUAACCAACGGUCAAUCAAGCUGUAUGCAAACAGAAUGAAACAUUUUAGCUCUUGCUUGGUAGAUUUCCCAAACCAUUUUGGGUUUGUCCAGCCUGCAUUCUCAGCUCAGUGAUUUCAUAUACUGUACAUUUUGUAUUACAUGCUAGCUGGUUCACUAGCUGGGUUUUGCUUUUGUUUUAUUGGAAACUGCUACUGCUCACAGUAUGUCUCUAUUUGACUUAUUUGGCUUAUUGUGUAACUUGAAUGGAUAGUUUUCAUUGGUUGUUAGUUGCCCUUCACUGUUAUUUAUACCCGUCACUGAAUUAUAACUCUUAGGGUUUGACUCAUCUGGCGAGAUGCUUGCAAUUGCAAUUAUCGUAUCUUGUGGCAUUGGCUAAGGCGUUGCGUCCAGAUACAAUUUUGGCAUGCAUGCAACAGAUUUCGUGGCCAACUCGCAAGAACAUAAUGUCAGUGCAGACACCUGCUUCCUCCUGCGCACUGGUGUUGUACAAUCAAACCAUUCCUUUCUACACAUUUGAUUCUCUUGCAGAACAAAGAAAUGUUGGGUGCUAAGAUUUAGGACUUGCAAAUUGAUGAAAUGUAUAAAGACUUUUAAUCAUUUUUAUGUAUGGAAGUUUCUCAGUGUCCUGUGAUAUGACUGAUGUGGUUUUUGAAAGCUGGAAUUAAAAUCUGCAAAUCCUGGAAAUGCCAGUAUAGGGAAGGACCAAGCGUCCUCCCCGACGUGCAGAAGGGUUCUGGUGUCUGUCGUUUUAUUUGAAAGAUUAGAUGGCCUGAUAUUAUUUUGAUUGUAUUUCCUUAAAACAUGCUACAGUAUUUUCAGUUGUUGAAAUUGUCAUGUCAUUAAAAAAAAAUAGAAUUUUGGUACUCGCUUUUACAAUGUGUUCAUCAAAUGAAAUUAACUGCAUGUUAUAAGUGCAUAGCAUUCAUAUUCUGCAAAUACAAAAACUGAUAUGUCCUGUCAAUCCCCAAUAUACAGAUUGUCUAUAUUAUUUGUAACAUUAAGAAUAUCUGUGUUGUUCUUUUUUUAUUAUCAUUUAAGUCUUGAACAUCAAUGUCGAUGAUCUAACAGAUGAUUUUAGUCUGAUGUGUGGAAAUAAAGCUAUAUUGAAAUAA